CAUUUCAUUCUAAUUGAAUUUCAGUAAACUUGCAAUUUCUGUUAGAAAGAAUUCUGUAAAUUACUAUUGCACUUUUUAGCUUGUAGCUUUCUAACUUCAUUCUUUUUCCCUUUUUUUGAAGAUCACUAUAUGUUUUUGUUGUUUACCAUCCUUUAGUGUAAUGUUGGCAGUUCAUGAAACGCUGGAAUACAAUAUUGCUAUAAAAGGCAACUUAGUUGAAAUUUAAACAGCCACUUAACAAACCUUGUUUUGGGGGUCACGUAACGUGAGAAAGUGCCAAUGCUUUGAUAUUUUUCCACAUUCCCUGGAUUUUGCUAUUAGAUUGAACUACAAGAAUGCAUGGAAAAUUGGGUACUGCUGUAGGAGAUGAAUGGCAGCUUCUCUGUUACCAUGCUAUUCUCAUGUCUGACCUCUAGUGGUAUGCUAUGUCUAACUUUUUCUUCCCCCUGACUAUAAAUUAUGUUAUGAUGAUUCUGUGCCACGUUCCUGCACGAUACUAGGAUUUUUCUCUUGUUCAGUUGAACUUGAAGCCAACAACUUGGUAUGCUUUUGCUUACAUACUAUAGAGGAUAUUUGUCUAAUGGAGUCUUCAGAAGAGACAGGCUGCCAAGCUCCGGAAGGUCCAAUUCUUUGCAUUAACAAUUGUGGGUUUUUUGGUAGUGCAGCAACCAUGAACAUGUGUUCAAAGUGCCACAAGGAGAUGAUCUUGAAGCAGGAUCAAGCCAAACUUGCUGCUUCAUCGAUUGAGAACAUCGUCAAUGGCAGUUCAAGUAGUAAAGAGAAAGAGCCUGUUGUUACUGGCGCUUUGGCUGUACAAGCUGUGUCAGCGGACUUUGAAGUUGUUUCGACUCAGGCAUCCCCUGAGAUUUUAGUGGGGCAGGGCUCAGAAGCGAAGGUAAAAGAGGGCCCAAACAGGUGCAGCACUUGCCGCAAACGUGUGGGUUUAACUGGUUUUAACUGCAGAUGUGGAAAUCUUUUCUGUGCCGUGCAUCGUUAUUCUGAUAAGCAUGAGUGUCCAUUUGACUAUCGCGCUGCUGCUCAGGAUGCAAUAGCUAAAGCUAAUCCUGUUGUCAAAGCAGAAAAGCUCGAUAAGAUCUAGAAGCCAGGGCUGAAGUAUUAUAAAGUAUGCAGCUUUUUCUCAAUGAAUUUGCUAUUUGUUAUAAGUUGACCACUUGUCUGAUUGUGUCUGCUGUAGCAAUGCUCAACGUGUAAGGCAUAAGGAUUUGGACAUCUUUGCUGUCUGGUGAACUUUGGAAGUCCUCUACAACUGGCUACGAUUGCUUGGGUUGCUUCAGUAUCUUAGUUCUUUGUGCUGGCUUGGUGAUGUCUUUGUGCAAUGUGCAUUUGUCCUCCUGGUUAUUUUCCAUUUGUGUCAUCGUAAAGCAACUGCGUCAUGGCUCGAGAAAACUUUUUUUUUUUUUUUUUUUGGUGGGGGGCAGGGGUGGGUAUUUCUAAGAGAAAAGGAGGGAAAAUUGAAAAAAGAAACUAUUCAUCUGCUGUAUGUUUCUAUGUAUUGGGAUGAGUUAAUCCCAGACAUAAUACUAGAUGUGUAUAGAUGUUUGUCCUUGCUAUAAAAGGAAGAAUGAUCGAGCUUUUUGGAUAACCAUUUUCUAUGUCUCAGCAACCUUUACUUA